AUGGCGGACUCCGAUCAGCAACUGAAAUUCGAUGCUUUGUUAGAACAGAUGAAAACCCAUCUCACUACUGAUGUCGACAAAGAAAUCACCAAGAAAGUUGGUCUUGUUUAUCAACUCCACAUCGCACCCAAGAAAAUUGGGUUUAAUGAGGUGAUUUGCAUGGUCGAUCUUAAGAAGGGAGAGGUUAAGAAUGGGGCAUUUUCAUUCAAGGAUGAAGAUUUUCUUAAGAUUGCAACUGGGAAAAUGAACCCUCAAAUUGCUUUUAUGAGGGGUGCAAUGAAGAUUAAGGCAACAUAAGUGCUGCCCAGAAAUUUACUCUUGAUAUUUUCCCUAAGCCUGCGAAGAUGUGAUAUAAUACCUCGUUUCGGAUGCAAGAAGAUGUUAUGA